AUGGACCCCAGGAUGUACGCCCGCUCGCCCUACGACUCCUACGCCUACGGCUCCUCCGCCUCCACACCAUCUAUGCGCGGCGCCUACGAACCUGCGCCCGAACAACACACCAUGCCUGAGGACAGCGCCAACGUCAAGGUCGUCGUACGCGUGCGGGGUUUCGUCAAGAGAGAGCGCGAACGCCGCGCCCAAUGCCUCAUCCGCAUGGACCCGCGCGUGCAAUCGACGACCCUUCAACCGCCCGCUGACGCGUCCGACGGCGGCCCCCACAGCCACAAGUCUCGCGAAGAGAAGACGUUUACCUUCGACAAGUCCUUCUGGUCCCACAACGAGUCCGAUCCGCAUUAUGCCCACCAGGAAGACGUGUACCGCUCCUUCGGCGAAGAGUUUCUCGACCACAACUUCGACGGCUACCACACAUGCAUCUUCGCAUAUGGCCAGACGGGUUCGGGCAAGAGUUACACCAUGAUGGGCACGCCCGAGCAGCCCGGCCUAAUUCCACGUACUUGCGAGACGCUGUUUGAGCGCAUUCAGAACGAGCCCAGCCCCAACACGACCUACAACGUGCACGUAUCCUACUUCGAAGUCUAUAAUGAGCACGUGCGGGACCUGCUCGUCCCACGCACCAACCCACCGUAUUAUUUGAAGAUCCGCGAGUCUAUGACGGACGGUGUAUACGUCCAAGGCUUGACGGAUGCGCCGGUCAAGUGUUAUGCGGACGUGGAGCGUCUGAUGAAGAUUGGUGAUUUGAACCGGACGACAGCUUCUACCAAGAUGAACGACACUUCGUCGCGUUCUCACGCAGUCUUCACGAUUAAUCUUAAGCAAAUGCAACAUUCCCUCAUGACCGAUGAGACCAUUGAGCGCUCAGCUCGUAUGCGUUUGGUCGAUCUCGCUGGUUCUGAGCGUGCUAAGAGCACGGAGGCUACUGGCCAACGUCUGGUUGAGGGUGGAAAGAUCAACAAAAGUUUGACGACGCUUGGCCGUGUUAUUGCUGCGCUUGCUCAAAACGGCGGCAGUGGCAUGUCUGGCGAUGGCCGUCCGCGGAGCGGUCACGGAAAGAGGCGCGACGUUGUGCCUUACCGUGACAGCGUGCUGACAUGGCUGUUGAAGGACAGUCUUGGCGGCAACAGUAAAACCGCCAUGGUCGCCUGCAUAGCACCAGCUGACUACGACGAAACGCUAUCGACGCUGCGGUAUGCGGACCAGGCUAAGCGCAUCCGCACGCGCGCGACGGUCAAUCAAGACUCGAUGUCAGGCGCGGAGCGCGACGCACAGAUUGCAGCCAUGGCGGAGCAAAUCCGGCAGCUGCAGACGAGCGUGAACACGGCGGCAACGAGGCGUCGGCAGGAAGAGGCGUCGGAGCUAGACGACUACCAGCGGCGCGUCGAAGUGAUGCAGCGCCUGAUGGAAGAGACGCGCCAGGUCAGCGAAGCGAAGAUCAAAGCCCUGACGGCGGAGGUCGAGGACCUGCGGCCAGUAAACGCUGCUUUACGUGCCGAGAGCGAGACACUGCGCCGACAUUUGGCGCUGGCGCUGGGCGAACUCAAAAACCCCAUCGUUCUGCCACCCAUGCAAGGAGAUGUGGACCUUUAUGGCCGCCCAGAGGAUCUUCUCGAGCCAGACCUUGAGUACCCGGAUUCCGAUGCUUCGGGCUCCGACGCGUCUGACUCGGAACCUAGCACGCUGCAUGGCGGUAACGCUACUAUUUCCGACACCACUGGUGGGCUCCCUAACGCCAUCGACGACGAUAAGGAAAACGCCGUAAACUCCGGGGGCAAGGCGCGCGAAGUUUCAGACGCGGACGAGGAUGAGAUCUUGGCAGCGGAGCUGCAGGCUCAAGCUGAUGACUUCCUGAAGGAUCUGGGCCUCUUCCGCCGCAAGGUCAAUGAUGACUACACGCGCUUUGGCAGCGGUGAGGCUACGCUGGCUGAGAUCGGAGUUAACUGA